AGCAACUCUUGCUAUAUUGUAUCUGCAUCUUUUAAACUGAUAAUGUGGUAAUCUGCAACAUUCAUCUACCGGUACAGCAUUUAUGCUCCAAAGUUCAACGGCGUCCUAGCUUCCCGUAACGGCGCCGCAAACACGCAUGACAAUUCAAUUGACCAGGGCAUUGACGACAUGAAGAUAGAGCAGAUAAAUAAUUUGACCUAGUAGCUAUAGUACCUGCCACCUAAUUUUAACCGCUCUGUACGGAUCUCCGAUUUCAUCGACCCUGUGACACUAUCUACUGUUCGUCCGUCCUUACUCACCUUUACUCGGGGUACCUACAUCAUCGGGUACGUCUGGAAUGUCCUUUCAACUCCCCAGCCGCGUCCCUUCCUUCAAGUCUCCGCAGCGAGAAAUCGAAGAUGAUUACUGGCGCGCCGCGACCUCCGCGCGCAAGACGUCGCACAACGCCGGCGGUGGGUUCGAGAUCGCGGAUAGGAUUGGCCAGUUUAUGAAUCCUAAUCGCGAACUGCCAAUGUACAAAGACAAGCCGUAUUCUGCGGCGAGGAGGGGACCGGGUGGGCUCCCAGGCCAUGCGAGAUCGAGGAGGCGCAAACAGGUUGUUUGGCUGGGGGUGUUGGUGGCGUUUGCGGUGACAGUUUGGUGGUUGUGGUCCGGAGGGAGAGCGGAGAAGAUCAUUUCUCGCGGAAAAGAGAUGAAGGGAAUGCAUGGUGGUGAGUUGUGGAAAUGGGUGCAAGGGUUUGAGAAAGGCGAGGCCAGGAGGAAAGGAAAGACGGUGGAUUGGGCAGAGAGAAGGGAGAGAGUUAAAGAUGCGUUUAUGGUAAGCUGGGAUGGAUAUGAGAGGUAUGCGUGGGGUCGUGAUGAGUAUUAUCCCAUUCGGAAAUCCGGCAGAAAUAUGGUCGAUGGUGGAAUGGGCUGGAUAAUAGUUGACGCCCUCGAUACCCUCAUGAUCAUGAAUCUUACCUCUCGUGUGCAGCAAGCUCGAAAUUGGAUCCACACGUCACUACGUUAUGAUCAGGAUCAUGACGUGAACACCUUUGAGACGACUAUCCGUAUGCUGGGCGGCUUACUUUCGGCGCAUUAUCUGUCUACUACGUAUCCUGAGUUGGCACCUAUAGCCGACGAUGACCCAGGUGCUCCGGGAGAGGAUUUAUAUAUCGAAAAAGCCACCGAAUUGGCGGAUCGGUUGCUGGGUGCGUUCGAGUCUCCUUCAGGAGUGCCCUAUGCCAGUUUGAAUCUAAACAAAUCUGUUGGGAUCCUGUCGCACUCCGACAAUGGUGCUUCGUCGACUGCAGAGGCGGGUACCGUUCAACUAGAGUUCAAGUACCUUGCAAAAUUGACCGGGGAAGCGAACUACUGGGAGAAAGCUGAGAAAAUCAUCGAGGUUAUUGAAGCAAAUGGUAGGGAAGACGGGCUAGUUCCUAUAUAUAUCUACGCGGAUACUGGCAAAUUUAUGGGAGAGAACAUUCGUUUAGGGAGCCGGGGUGACUCUUACUACGAAUACCUAAUAAAACAGUACCUCCAGACAUCGAAUGAGGAACCGAUAUAUCUAGAGAUGUGGGACGAGACGCUGAACGGCAUCCGCAAACAUUUACUCACGUACACAAAACACGCCUCUCUGACGAUCGUCGGGGAGCGUCCAAAUGGUCUACGCCAACCCAUUUUGCCCAAAAUGGACCAUCUUGUCUGUUUUUUGCCGGGUACCAUCGCUCUAGGUGCAACUGGCGGCUUGCCGCUCUCAGAGGCUCGGAGGUCAGCUGGUUGGGGACGUAAACAGGAGGAAGAGAUGCUACUGGCGAAGGAGCUCAUGAAAACCUGUUGGGCAACGUAUCUUGCCACUGCAACAGGGCUGGCACCUGAGAUCACGUAUUUCAAGAUCGACGAUCCUCCCCGAACGAUUAAAGACGUCUAUCCGGACUUUGAUUUUUCCUUUGGUGGCGGGGAGAAGUCCAAAAAGAAAAAGACGGGCUUGAGAGACGAUGCUGAUUUGUUCAUGAAAUCGCAUCCACUCUACCCCCUCGACCGUGAAAAAUCAAUUUGGCUCAAGGAUAUAACCAUUCGUGGCCCUGACCAACAUAAUCUCCAGCGCCCUGAGACCGUGGAAUCCUUAUUUUACAUGUAUCGUAUCACAGGCGACGAGACGUACCGAUUUUGGGGAUGGGAAAUGUUCAAGUCAUUCAUCAAGCACACCGCUGUGUUCGAGGAUGAGCCAUCUCCUGGAGCGCCUAGCGACGACGCUUCGUACAUCCGCGGUUUUACGUCGCUCUCGAAUGCGAAUACUAUCCCACCAGUAAAGAGGGAUAAUAUGGAAAGCUUUUGGUUGGCGGAGACGCUCAAGUACUUCUACCUGUUGUUUUCCGAGAGGGACUUCAUCCCCUUGGAAACGACUGUGUUCAAUACGGAGGCACAUAUUUUCCCCAGGUUUAAGAUGGGCAAGAAUUUCAAGACUGGGUGGAGGAGGAAGUUCCCUGUGAAUAAAGUUGGCUAA